AUGGUGCGGCGCCUGGCCCGUUCGGUCUACGGCCGUCUGACCAGCACCAGCUUCGGAAGCCGGCCACUGCUUGAGGGAUUCCGAAAGGGCAGGCCGCCGGCGGUUCGUCUGCGCGCUUCAGGAGAUGCCGCUGGCAGCUCAAGCGCUGUAGAGACGGCGGUAUCGGCUGAUACUUGCGCGCCGGAUUCCCGCGUCAAGCUACACCCCUUGCUGAGGCUCGCAUUGCUGCGGUCAAAGGGCAUAUCGCAGCUCAACGAAGUGCAGGAGUCGGCCUUCCUGUCGAUUCUCAGCGGGAAGGAUGUUACUGUGCACGCGCCCGUUGGUGAGUUUAGGUUUUCGCUCUCCUUAAAGGCGUUACUAGGCGCUGGCAAGACCCUGGCGUACCUGCUGCCCGUUGUGAACAACAUCUACAACAUUCACGACCUGCUGGAGGACCUGCAGCUGCGUUCUGGCAGUGGACCACAGCGUGACAAGGAGGAUGCUGUCCGUUUGAACGCAUUAGGCUACAGCCGCCGAGUGCCGCACGCACUCCUGCCGCGGUCAAUGUCCGACCUGCGGCAGGACCCCUCAGAGCUGGAUGCUGCCGCCGCUGCGGCACUGCAGUCGGCGACCACUGCGCAGAAGCUUGUGGAUACGUUGUGUAAAGUGGACCCGCGGCUGCUGGCCCGGGGUGGAAGCGGCCUGCCGGUGAUAUCACGUCGGCUCUGGGGUCGCAGGUGCCGGAAUUCGGUCUUCCGCGCGCUGCUGACCAACCCUUUGGGGGCCGUGCGCUGCUGCAUGGUCGUGGUCCCCAACAAGGACCUGGUGUCCCAGGUGGUCAGCGAGCUGGCCGCCAUCGACCCGCUAGGCAGGCUCUCCGUGCAGACCCUCACGCAUGUCCACCGCGCACCUCCCCGUGCGCCGGUUGUCACAGACGGGGUGUCGCAGGCGGCACCGGGCGAACAGCCUUUCUACCCGUCUCCUCACACACUGCACUACCUGGGGGGCAUGGACGGCAAGUUGCGUCUGAGCCUAGAGGACGAGCGUGCGAUGGUGCAGUCGGUGCCCACAGUACCGGUAUCGGAAGGCACCAUGGAGACAGUGCCGGUCAACAUGGGACGCGGAAAGCGCAGCGUUGUGAAGGUCCCCAUGCGCACCGCGCCCGGUAACGACCUCGCACUGUCCCAGCUGUCUCCCGCCAUCUACUCGGUGGACGGCCUUGUGCCUCGCAGCGUAGAGUUUCUAUUCCUGAACGACCUCUUGUCGUCGAGGCGGCUGGGGGUGGUGCCGGCCUGCGUGGUGUUCGACGAGGUCGAUGCGCUGUUUGAGAACAACGCGAGUCGCAGUGCGAUGAUGGAGAUAUGCAGCAUACUCCGGCCGCGCCCGCGGCUGUACAACCCCUUGGUGCACCACCGCCGGCGGCGUGCCCAGCAGCCGCCGCCAUGCCAGUUUGUGCACGUGGCCUCCACACUUAACUACGGCGGACUGCAGACUGCAGGGUCGAUGCUGUACGAGCGUUUCACCAGCAGCCGCGUGAUUUCGACUUGCCUGAACCACCACCUGGCGUCGUGUGAGAUGCGGUUCGUCGACGUGGACGCAGAAUUCGAGUCGAAGCUGCGCUGCCUCAUGGAGGUGAUAGUGGCAAACCCAUUAGCCAAGACGUUGGUCUACAUCGAUAGUCUGGAGGGCGUGCGGAAGGUAAGCUCGUUACUCCGGGAGAAGGAGUGGCCGGUGCUCUCCUUCCACAGUCGGUCAAGCCUGCCCACCAGGCUGGCGCUUCUGGAGACCUACCGCUCGGAAGAGGUUGCGAUACUGGUUUGCACCGAUAUGUUCGCGCGUGGACUGGAUGUUAGGGCCGAUCACGUCAUCAACUUCAGCUUCCCCCGCGAUGCCGCAACGUUCGUGCACCGCACCAAGGGCACUCCGACGCUGGUGACGAACCUCGUCGAACCACGCGACACCAACCUCGCAUCAGAGCUGCGCAGCUCAUACGAAUCCGGCCGGCCCGUCAACCAGCUUCUGUCUAGGAAGCGCAGCUUUGGCAACCGGUACCGCCGUGCGCUGCAGGCGAAAGGCGCACCAGAUCAGGGCCAGGCCAGCCACUUCAGGUCCAGGCGCACGUCACUUCGUGGUUCGCGAGUUCGGAGGGCAUCUGAUUCGGAUGACGAUGAAUCACCAGACAGUCGGCGACCACGUGCCAACCUAGGCCGCAGCACCGGCAAAUAUAAAAACGCAACCACCACCGAGGAGAAAAGCAUGGAAUCGCAACAAAAAUACAUGGCGUCAGAGCUGCCAAUUGACGACCUGGACGGCAUAUUUGAGAGGAGCUCGAUGGACACGCAAUCCACGGCCGACGUCGGCGACACCACUGGAUCACAAGCAGAUGAGAAGACGCCGGUGUCAGCGGUUCAAAGGCAACGCGCGGAUGGCGUGAAAUACCGCAGGCUCAGCAUGAAGCGGCGGGGCAUGGAAUUUUACGAUAACUUCAGGGCCUUUUCUUAG